AUGGACCGAACGCGCUUUCUCCGCACCCUCGGUGUCCUCUACGGUAUCUCGUUUGCGUCCAUUUACGUCCAAGUUCAGAGCCUCUACGGCCCGGACGGCGUCGAACCGGUUGCCGCGUAUUUGACGCGCCUUGCCAACGCCACACCCGACGCAAGCAUCCCGCUGCAGCGUUUUGUGAGCUACCCGAGCCUCGUAUGGUUUCAUGACGCGCUCGGCCUUUCGCCAGACCUGAUGAUGGAGUUCCUGUGCCUUCUCGGCGGUGGCGCCGCCUGUCUUGCUGCGGCGAACAUACUCACGCUGCCCGAGGUCUUUGCCGCCAUGUGGAGCUGCUACCUCUCGCUCGUGCUCGUGGGGCAGUCGUUUCUGCGCGGACCGUGGGACCUCCUCCUCCUCGAAGUUGGGUUCCUCGCCCUCUUCGUCGCUGCGCCGUUCGACUUGGCGACCACCUUUGCGCCGUCGGCCGCGAUACUCCAUGCAAUGCGGCUGGUCGGCGUCAAACUCGCGCUCAUGUCCAGCGCGGCCAAGAUCACGUCGGCGUGCCCCACUUGGCUCGGGCUCACGGCGCUGGACUUUCACUACGCGACGCAAGCGACGCCGCUUCCGUCGAGCUGGUUCAUGCACCAGCUGCCGCCCAUCGUGCAACGCGUGACGGCCGCGGCGGGGCUCUGGAUCGAAGGCCCUGUCGCGCUCCUGCUGGUGUCGCCGAUCGCGCGCCAUCGCGUCUUCGCUGCAUCUCUGCAGCUCGUUCUGCACGCUGGCAUCGCACUCACGGGCAACUACGGCAUCUUCAAUCUCGUCGCUAGUCUCGUCAUGGUCGGCAUCAUGAGUGAAGCCCACGCCGCGUCACCACCGUCGCUCUCGUGGUUACGGUGGGCGUUGACGCAUGCGUCAAUGUACCUCUCGGUCUUUACGGCCGGCUACUACAUGUUUGAGGUUGUCUACGAAGAUACAACGCCGACAUCGCUUCGGUUUGCGUGGUCAAUCGGCCGGACGCAGACGAUCCUCGGCGUCGUGUUACGCGGUGUCCUUGCUACCGCCCUGCUCUCGUUCGUCGUUGCGGUCGUCGGCCAGUUGUCCCACUCGGUGGUUGCUGCGGGCCACGACUUGCUUCGCUGCCGUCUUGGAUGCACGAUAGCGCUGGGCCACUUGACCUUUACGACACUUAUCGGGUCUGUCCUUGUGCUGGCGUCGCUCGCGCAGCUGGCGUCCUUGGACCCGACGAUCGAGCUGCCGGUCUGGGCGCGCAACACGGGGAUCCUGGCGUCGCGCUUUAACGUGGCAUCGACGUACGGGCUCUUCCACCGAACGCCGGGCGUAGCCAAAAUCGAGCGCCACGGCCGGGAAUUCGCCAUCGUCGCGCGACCGACGCUCGUCUUUGAAGGCUCAGAUGACGACGGCGCGACGUGGCGCCCGCUCCAUUUCAAGCACCACCCGAGCAGCUUGUUCAAGUCGCCUGCGCUCACGGUGCCGCAUCUUCCGCGGCUCGAGUGGCAACUGGACGUCGCGGCCAAAGGCAACUACAGCCAGGCCCCAUGGCUGGUGCACCUUGCCGACAAGUUCCUCAAGGGAUCCGAGCAGGCAAAGCAGCUGCUCGAUGCGGCACAGGAUCCAUUCCGAGAGGCACCGCCACAGCGCGUCCGCGUGCAGCUCUACCACUAUGAUUUUACGCGGUACAAUACGUCGUGGGCGCGCGCGACACCCAAGGCCGUGGUACUGACACCGGCGAUGAACGCGUCGCAGUGGUGGACGCGGAAACUGGUCAAGGAAUACAUGCCGGCGCUGGACGCGGCGAACCCGUCGGUCGCUUCGUUUCUCGCUGCCCACGGCUGGGAGCACCAAGACGAGAAGAAACCCGCUUGCUUCAACUCGAGUCGUCCCGUGCUCUGUCACACACUCGAUCAGUUGCACCACGUGACGGCAUCGCAUCUCUACAUGGCGCUCGUCCUCGGCCUUGUGCUCGUUGUGCUGGUUCCGCUUUUCAUUCUGGAGACGCCCAAGUCGGCUGCGGCGCGCGUGCAAACGCUCGUGUAA